ACUCCCCACACCCGACUCCUGAGCGCUCGGAUCCAUAGAAGAGACAAACUGGGAACUAAAAUCGCAUAUUCCAUCAGCAGCUCUCCUCCUUACGCGGACUAUACUUUUGAUUGCUUUUUUGCUUCUUUUUCAUCUCUUUUUAAACCACAUUUGGAUGUGCGCUUUACCCCUGUUCAUGCGGUGUGCAGUUUGCGGGGCGGCCUGCUAAAGUGCGCGCACGUGUGUGCGUUCGCGUGUGUGUGUGUUUGUGUGUGGUGUGUGCGUGGUGGUGGUAGUGGUGUGUGUGUGUAAGUUUCCCUGCAGCAGACCGCUUUCGGAUGGUGUAAGAGGCUCGGGGGCGCCUGGUAUAUGGAAGUUGUGGCGUGCAAGGCGAAAGAGAGCAGUUGCACAUUGCGGCCCGCGGCAGCAGCAGCAGCAGCAGCAGCCAUGCUUUUCCACGGCAUCUCCGGCGAACACAUCCAGGGCAUCAUGGAGGAGAUGGAGAGAAGAAACAAAACCGAGUCUCGCCUAGCCAAAGCUGUUCAGAUGAACGGCAGAGAAACGAGUAUGCCGGCUGCGAGCCCGGAGAAGCCUGCUCUGUGUGCCGGCUGUGGGGGGAAAAUCUCUGACCGCUAUUAUUUACUAGCUGUGGAUAAGCAGUGGCACCUGCGCUGUCUCAAGUGCUGCGAGUGCAAACUGGCGCUGGAGUCCGAGCUCACGUGUUUCGCCAAGGACGGCAGCAUAUACUGCAAAGAGGAUUACUACAGAAGGUUCUCCGUGCAGCGGUGCGCGCGCUGCCACCUGGGCAUCUCGGCGUCGGAAAUGGUGAUGCGCGCUCGCGACUCCGUCUACCACCUGAGCUGCUUCACGUGCACAUCGUGCCACAAGACUCUGAGCACGGGAGACCAUUUCGGCAUGAAGGAGAGCCUCGUGUAUUGCCGCCUGCACUUCGAGAGCCUCGUGCACGGGGAGUACCAGCACCACCAGCAGCCACACGCGCAGCUCAACUACGCGGACCUGGCUACCAAGGGCGCAAGCCUGGCGUUGCCGUACUUUAACGGCUCGGGCACGGUGCAGAAGGGCAGGCCGCGCAAACGCAAGAGCCCCGCCAUGGGCAUCGACAUCAGCACGUACAACUCUGGUUGUAACGAGAACGAAUCCGAGCACCUGGAUCGGGACCAGCAGGCAUACGCUCCAUCGCAGAAGACCAAACGCAUGCGCACGUCCUUCAAGCACCACCAGCUUCGCACCAUGAAGUCCUACUUCGCCAUCAAUCACAACCCUGAUGCCAAGGACUUAAAGCAGCUCGCACAGAAGACGGGCCUCACCAAAAGAGUGUUGCAGGUCUGGUUCCAAAACGCUCGAGCCAAAUUCAGACGGAACGUUUUGCGGCAGGAGAGCGGGGGUGUCGAGAAGGCUGACGGCACGUCACUUCCCGCACCCUCCUCCGACAGUGGUGCUCUGACCCCGCCAAGCACAGCCAGCACGCUUACAGACCUGACCAAUCCCUCUAUCACCGUAGUCACCUCAGUCACCUCUAGUUUGGACAGCCACGAGUCGGGGAGUCCCCCGCAAACUACCCUGACGAACCUUUUCUAACAAACAUUUGAGUUAUUUUGUCCUUGAUUGUUUCCACCCACCCUUCCAAAUGUGGCUUUUUGUUGAUAAUUGCAAAACACUCUUAAGCAACCCUGAGAUCCGCUCUGAAGAUCAAGUAGUCGCCUCAACUCCACGCUAUUUUGGACUAUUUUGAUUUUGCCAAAAAAAUAAAAAAAUAAAAAAAAUAAAUUAAUAAUUUCAAUUUGAUUCUUUUUAUGUUGUUUUUCAUUUUAUUUGCUUUUUAGACAGACCCAUUAAAUCAAGCUCUAAUUCUAAAUCUACAACUCUAUAAACUUGCUGUUUUUUGUGUUUUAUUUUGUAACUUUACGAAUUUGACAGAUUUCAUUCCCCAUUUCCACAUAACACACUAAAACAACCGAGAGCUUCAACUCAACAUAAUGUGUAGCACUUGCAACCACUUGGCAGCUGAGUUUACACUCUUCGUGUAUUAUUUAAUUUUAUUUUUUAAUUCAAAAAACAAACAAAUGUAUUCACCAUGUCAGCAGUGUGUCGGCAUGUUUUCACACGUCAUACCUGAAAGUGGAAACAUGCUUUACGCGCACGUGCUUUAAGCCACGUUUAAAUUCCUUCAUUGUUUUGUAAUUUUUUUUUUGGAAAACCUAAUUAUUAUUCUUUUUUUUUUGAUGAUCUGCAUUUUAUUUUUUAAAAACAUUUUUGUCACAUUCCAGUUGUAUCCAGUGACUGUAGUUUUGACAAACGAACCCAUUGCCAUUUGUUUUUCUUAAUUUUAAAUAUAUAACUCGCAUGCCAGGUGGUGCUUCGACCUCAAGACAGCAUUGUCAUACCAGCAUGGCUCUGAUUAGAGUGAAACAAUAGUGAAAACUGUGCAGUGGUAACUGUUCAAGAAAAGAAAAAGAAAAAAGGUGUUUAUAUCUUUUUCUUUGACAUUUUGAGAAGCUUGAUUUUAAUUGAUUGUACAGAUAAGGCACUUUUAACACACAAAAAAUUGGGAAGAUCUCCUUAACAGUUCUUAAUUGAUUGCUCAAAAUCUCUAAGUCUGCUUAGUUUUUAACUGAUGAGUGUGUUAGGAUGGUGCAGCUCAGGGUGAUCAUAAGAUUCAACACAUUUAGUGAUGGAAAAGCUAGGCUGUCAUUUAUUUAAAAAAAAAAAGUAUUACUUCUAAGUUUGUGGUUUACAGAAACGAUUAAAGAAAUUAUUUAAAAAAAAUUACGAUUGGAGAAAUUUAGUCAUCCAUAACCAUAAUGCAUAAUCAAGUCAUGUUUUAUCCCCUUCUUCGUCAAACUAAAAAAAUUUGUUUAAUGGACACUUGCCACUGAACAGACCAAAAAGAAAAGAAAAAAAAAAAACAUGAUGGGGAAGUGACAGCAAGGGACAGUUUAGAUGCUGAUUCGUUCAUUGUGUGAUGGAGAGUUGGUUCUGUUUUGUAGAACAAAGUGCUCCUCGAAGAUCUACUUGAUAAAGUAGACGCCUAACUCAGUUCUACUAUGUGCCUUACGCUAUAACCUGGAAGAGAGCUUGUGAAAUUCAGGAGAUACAUGUGUGUUUGUUUUAAUAGAUAUCACAUUCUUCGAAACGCCUCACUAGUUUUGUAGUGUUCUGUUUUUUUUCUUUUUCAUCCGAGGAUCUUUUUAAUGGUGUGAUUCUGUUACAAAGGAGGCAAGCGAUGGCCUAGAAAGCAGUUGUGCACUCUUUCAAAUAUAGUCGGUAAAUCCGAGAAUCUUAUAUAUUGAUCUUCGUUGUUAAUAGUAUGGUACGUGUUCUAUCAAGAUUGUCCAUUGUUUCCUUGUUUCUUGGAAAAAAAAGAAAAAAAAAGAUGGUGUAUAGAAACUAUUUCCCAUUAAAUAUUUAUGGACCAAGCGGUUGUUAUAUCUUAUUAAAUUUGUGUGAAUAAAAAAAAACACCUUGCAUUGACAGUGUUUUAUUUCUCUCAUUGCACAAACCAUUCUUUAUGUUUUUUAAAGGGAAACAUAAUAUUUGGUGAAUGAUAAUAAUAAAAGAAAAACCCUCCCACUACACAUGUCUCUCUUGCUCUCUCUCUCUUCUUUCUCUUGCUCUCAUUUUUUUAUAUUGAUUUCCUAUUUCAUUCUCUUUAGUAUUCUAAAGUAAUGCCCCAUAGAUUUGCACUAAGACCCUGUAGAUGAAAAAAGUCAUACAGAAGAAUUAAGAUUUUUUUUAUUUUUAAAUAAUGCAUGAAUUAUGGCAACAGAGCUCGACUGUGCUAGAAAUUGCACACUGAUAUUAAAAAGAAAAAUAAGAAAAGAAAAAAGAUGGAAAAAAACAGUAAAGCUAAAUGCAAACCUCUUAUAGUCAGGUUGCUUUGUAGUUUAAUAUAUUGUUACUUUA